AUCGCCACCGCUCGAGCCGAUCCCAACACCAACCACCGACCUCAGAGAGCAGAGAGCGAGACUCCGCUCUCCAGUUGCUCUCACAGCCGGUCACUCCUCACCUCGCCACUGACUCUCUAGACCGCGACACCUUCUCACUGGCGUCAAGCAAGGUCGCCUCGCCAUGUGAGUGACAGCACAACGCUGGCUCCCGUGUCUCGUUUGCCCGGUGGCCGGACUUGCAGAAGAAGAAGAAGAAGAAGCUAGCCGCAGCGGCUGCAGGAUUCGGGACGCGGGAGGGAACGCCGGCCGAGACGAGAUGGGGCUGCUGUCUCACCGGGUGGAGCGGUCGGAGAUCAAGCCCGGCGACCACAUCUACACCUGGCGCGCCGGCUACACCUACUCCCACCACGGGAUCUACGUCGGCGGGAGCAAGGUGGUGCACUUCACGCGGAAGAAGGAGGCGGGCACCGCCGGCCUGGACUCCGCCAUCGCCGUGUCGAGCCUCCUCUCGCAGGGCCCCGACGAGUGCCCGACCUUCCCGGACUGCGGCUUCCAGCUCCCCGACAGCGGCGUCGUGCUCACCUGCCUCGACUGCUUCCUCCGCGGCGGCUCGCUGCACCGCUUCGAGUACGGCGCCCCGCCGGCGGUGUUCCUCGCCAAGCUCCGCGGCGGGACCUGCACCACGGCGCGCGCCGACGGCGGGCCCGACGUCGCCGUGCGCCGCGCCAUGCACCUCCUCCAGAACGGGUUCGGCGACUACGACGUGUUCGAGAACAAUUGCGAGGACUUCGCGCUCUACUGCAAGACGGGCCUCCUCCCGGCCGCCGCCGGCGGCGGCGGCGACGACGGCAUCGGGCGCAGCGGCCAGGCGGCCUCCGCCGUCGCCGUGCCUCUCGCGGCGCUGCUCUCCACGCCGUUCAAGGUGCUCGCCGCCGGCCCGCUCGGCAUGGCCGCCGUCACCGCCGGCGUGUACUGCGUCGGCAGGUACAUCACCGACAUCGGGGUGCGGAAGGACGUCGUCAAGGUGGAGGUGGAGAACCUGGCGGCGCACCUCGGCUGGCGACGCGCCAAGGCUGCUGAGGAGGCGGCCAAGAAACAGCAGCAGCCGCCGCCGCCGACGCCGGAGAAGAAGCCCAACAGCAGGCUGCUCCCUCUGAAACGGAAACGAGAGAUUUGCGUCUGAUUUUGCAUGGAUAUAGGUUGGGUUGCAUAGAAAUUAAUAAGUGUGCUGGUAUAGAUAAUUAGAUAUCGAAGCGUCUUGAUCAAGUGUGCUUUGAUUUGAUUAGUUCAGCGUCGUACGUGAUCGAUCUUUCUUUCUCACGAAAUGGAAGAUUGGAUAGUUGCAGUUUUAUACUAGUUUGCAUUGUGUACUACUAGUCAAUUGCUAGACUUGCUCUAGUCUCUGUAUCUGUAUCUGAUAUAGCUCAAGAGUUCAGUAAAAAUGGUUUGUCAUGCUGGCUA